AUUACUGUCGUUGGUUGUUUGUUGUUUACAUUUGCUUCCUAACCUAAAUGAGAGCCUAAAUCCUCAAAUUGUUGAGGUUUUUUUAAACGAUCCCUGGUUACUGCUACCAUGUCAAUUAUCGAUUUGGAUCCACAUUUCAUCAGAUGCGUAGGUCUGAUGUAUGAGAGUCGAAAAUUGCGAAAAGGGGACUCUGUGCCCUUGCAAUAUAUCCUGGAAGAGGCCAUUUUCCAAAAAACUGGCUCAGCUAAGGAUUACACAAACUACUUUCAAACUCAGCUCGCGCCAAGAGAGAGUGAAGAGCCUCUCAUUGUGAAUGUCUACGAAGAUGAUGGUAGAUUCAUUGCAUCCGAAUAUAUAAGCCUGUUUGGAGCGUUAGAUAUUUUAGGGAAUGACUCGGACAAAGAUUUGGAACUGGAUCUUUUCAAAGAUGAUUUAAGUUGCGUGGUUUGUAAUAAAAUGGACGUCGGAGUAAGAAACCGACUUCUUGAGUGUAGUGAUUGUCAUGCUUUGUAUCACCAAGAGUGUCAUAAACCUCCUGUGAGUGAGGAGGAUGUUGUAAGCUCUUGGGUUUGCUCAAAUUGCAAAAGCAUUAGCGCUAAGAAAGCUAAAACUGUUGAAAAGGAGCACAAUUCUAAAAGUUCUUCUAGUUCAAGGUCUGACAGUCACCGACAUGGUUCUUCACAUAAGUCUUCUAGUGACAAGUACAAAUCAAGCGGCAAAUCAUCUUCCAGCAGUUCGAAGUCCUCACCUAGUCAUUCGUCCAGAUCUGAUGAUAAAAAAUCUUCAAGCAAGAGCAGCAAAAGUUCAUCCUCAAAACACUACUCAGAAAAGCGAAAACAUGACUGACCUCUCAAAAAAUCUGAUCAUAGAACCGUUAAGCUGAAACUAAAAUUUUCGGACUUUGAUGUAGUUAAAGAAAUCAGUGUUAGCCCCAAAAUUGAUGAUUGAAAUAUGUAUAGAAAUUUUAUAGAAUCUUAAAAACCGGGUUCCUCAUUUAGCAAUACACUGCAUCUCACGUUAUAGAAACCUAAUAACAAACACAUUGUGUAACAUUUUAUUUUGUCUUUGAUAUUACAUUGUCUUAUCUGAAUUAUUCUAUCUAAAAUAAUCCUUACUUUGCUAGUCAGUAAUAAGUACUAUCACAACAAUUUUAUUUAUGGAUUGGCCAUUUUAUUUUGGAAUUUGGCAUCUUGGAAAGUACAAAUUUAUAUGUAAAAGACAUGGAUUCCACAAAGUGGCGGUGAAAAGUAAUAAUGAAUUGCAUCAAAAAAAUAGUUUUAACAAUACAUAUAAGAAAAAAUUAUUUUAUUCAAUCAUUUUUCAAUCAAUUUUUAUUGAAAAAUUAGCAAAUUAAAACCGUACUCAUAUUAAUUUAGCCACAUUUGCUACAUAAAUCCCUAACUUCGUAAUUUAACAUGUUUUAGUAUUGACUAGAUCUAGCAAAAGGUAAUACUUUAUACUUAUUCCUCUAUUCUCAACGCGAUUAUGGUUGCAUUUUUCAAAAUAAACUAUUAAGACGA